AUUAAUUACUUCCAUCGUCCUUUUGCUUUCAUUUCUUCUCCAUUCAUGCUUUCUGCCUCAUCUUCUUUACCUUUUUGAUACUGCAUCUAGGUUUUCUUAGCCCAACUCAACCCUGCAAUAAGGCUUCUAAAGAUUUUUACAGCCAGGUUCCGCCGUGUUUGUCUGCAUUGGAGGGGCGGAAGGCGAUGUUUGAAAGAAGUUGAGCCUGCACCAAGAAAAGAGAGAAUCAUCAAUUAGAUGGCUUCCUCCAGCUACUCCAACUCUCCAUGCGCCGCCUGCAAGUUCCUAAGGAGAAAAUGUCUGCCGGGCUGCAUCUUCGCGCCGUAUUUCCCGCCGGAAGAGCCGCAAAAGUUCGCCAACGUCCACAAGAUCUUCGGCGCCAGCAACGUCAGUAAGCUGCUCAACGAGAUACAGCCCCACCAGAGAGAGGACGCCGUGAACUCUCUCGCAUACGAAGCCGAAGCCAGGAUGAAGGACCCGGUCUACGGCUGCGUCGGAGCCAUCUCUGUGCUGCAGCGCCAAGUGAUUCGGCUCCAGAAAGAACUCGACGCUACCAACGCCGACCUCAUGCGCUUCACCACCAACGAAUUACCUGCGUUUCCUGGCCCCGACAUGGCGAAUCAUCCAAGGCCUCAUGAUCAGCAGUACAGCAUGUAUGGAACGAGGACAAUGGAUUACGGGGCCGGUUCUUUUGAUCAUUUCGGAUCCGGGUUUUCUCUUCCAUAUGACUCUCCAUGGAAUAACAAUAACAAUAGUAAUAAUCCUUCUGGAGAUAGUCCCGAGCCAUGAGAAGAUGCCAUAAAUAUAUAUGUAAAAACAUCAUAUACAUACAUAUAUAUAUAUAUAUGCAUUUGCAGUGUUUUCUAGGUA